GAGUCGGGAAGGGUCGCACGGCGGAAAGACUAAGGAAAGACCGCUAUUUCUAGAACAGCUUUCAGAAGAAAUUUCGGCCUAUUCCUGAACCUUUUAAGAACAGCGAGGAAUGGCUUAGAGGAGCAUUUUGGAUUUCCAUAGCGUUGUAGCACGUGUCCAUCCUCCGGAGAUGUGUAUGUGAGAAGUAGAAGCGGACAGCGCUGCACACGAAGCCGAGAUGAGCGUGAGCUCCGCGGCGUCCGGCGCGGUGCCCUGUCGCUUCGCCAACUAUUUUGCCGUUUGUGGGAUAGACACAGAAACUGGACUGGAGCCAGACGAGUUAACAGCUUUGUACCAAUGGCUUGAAGCAGACCGCCAAGGCAGGGAUCAAGAUACAGCAGCCACAGGUGAUAACUCAGAGCAGAGUCCCCUGAAGAGGAAAUUCAAGUCCAAAGUUCUGGCCCACUACCCUGAGAAUAUUGAGUGGAACCCAUUCGACCAGGAUGCUGUCAACAUGCUGUGUAUGCCUAAAGGACUGUCGUUCCAGACGCAGGCAGAUCCACGUGAUCCUCAGUUUCACUCCUUCAUCAUCACCAGGGAGGAUGGUUCUCGAACUUAUGGCUUCGUCCACACCUUCUAUGAGGAGGUGACCAGCCCGCAGAUAUGCUCCGCCAUGCAGACCCUCCACCAGAUUCACAAUGCAGAGCAUGCAUCCACCAACCCCCAUUCCUCCUCCUCUUCCUCCUCCUCCAGCAUGGACUCUCUGACCAGCAGUUUAGACGAAGCUGACUCCCCCCCCUUCUCAUCCACCUUACCUUCAUCUCGGGCAGCAGGCGGCUAUGACUCGUCACGGGACACCCUCUAUGUGUCCAAAGCUUUGUGUCUGGUCACUACCAUGCCAUUCAUGUACGCAUGCCGCAACUUCCUGUCACAGCUGCACAGGGCUGUUACAGCAGCCACUGCCCCCCCACUACCACUUGAGAGCUACAUUCACAAUAUCCUGUAUGAGGUGCCACUGCCUGCUCCAGGCCGAACGCUCAAGUUCCACGGUGUUUAUGAGCCCAUUGUAUGCCAGAGGCCUGGGCUCGGGGAGCUGCCACUUGCUGACUUUCCCCUUUCAGAGGCUUUCAACCUGCUGGGAGUCGAAAAUCUGGUCCAGGUAUUCACCUGCAACCUGCUGGAGAUGCAGAUCCUCCUUUGCUCACGGGACUACCAGCGGUUGAUGACAGUAGCAGAGGGCAUCACUACCCUGCUGUUUCCGUUUCAAUGGCAGCAUGUCUAUGUUCCUAUCCUGCCAGCCUCCCUCCUCCACUUCCUGGAUGCUCCUGUUCCCUACUUAAUGGGCCUGCAGUCAAAAGAAUGCACAGACCGCUCCACACUGGAACUUCCUCAGGAGGCCAACUUGUGUUUUGUGGACAUUGACAACCACUACAUCGAGCUUCCAGAGGAUUUACCCCAGUUCCCCAACAAGACUGAGUUAAUCCAGGAGCUCAGUGAGGUUCUGCUGAGCUUUGGAAUUUCUGCCAACAUAGGGGCCACGCCAAAAAGAACCCGUACCAGUUCCCCCAGAAAGCCCUCCACAUCAAACAGGGAGUGCAAGACUGUCACCCUUCAACAACUGGAGGACGAUGGGCGUAAUGGCAACCUGGCAGGGGAGGAGCUCACUAUGCUGGAGCUGCUGCAGGGAAAUGCGACCUUGGAGAGACUGCAUGCACUAACCGAACGCACCGGGGUGACAGUGGCCCGCGUGGAUGCUCUUAGGGUGAGCGUUAAAGCUCAGGGGAUUGACAGGCAAAGGGCCGCUGAGGAGGACGAACUAAGGAAUGCCAAGCUGAAUGUUCAGCUGAGGGAAGUGUUUGCCAGCCGCUUCACUACCAUGUUUGCCGACUAUGAAGGAUUUGUCAUUCAGAGUGCGCCGGACCUGGAGUCCUGGCUCACCAACAGGGAGCAGAUGCACAAUUUCGAUAAGGCCUCAUUCCUCUCAGAUCAGCCUGAGCCUUACCUCCCCUUCCUCUCCCACUUCAUUGAGACGCAGAUGUUCGCCACCUUUAUUGAUAACAAGAUCAUGUCCCAGUGGGAGGAGAAAGAGCCACUGCUUCGUGUCUUUGAUGCGCGCAUCGACAAGGCUCGACUCUACAAUGUGCGUGCGCCCAGCCUACGAUCUUCCAACUACCAGAGAUGCUCCAUCCUUAGGGAGUCUGCUCAGGCCAUUGAGCAGCGGCUCAUGAAGAUUGACCACAUAGCCAUCCACCCCCACCUGCUGGACAUGAAGUUUGGUCAGGGCAAAUAUGAGCAGGGAUUCUUCCCCAAACUUCAAGCUGAUGUGCUGAACACUGGGCUGAUCAAUAGCAAGUGGUUUCUUAGGACAGCGACAGCACAGCGAAGGAAGGACCACAACACACAUCAAUCGGAGCAUCUGGACGCUGAUAACCACCUGAAAGAGAAGUACAUGCAGGAGGCCCGCAGCCUGGGGAAGAAUCUUCGACUGCCCAAACUUUCUGAUCUGUCUCCUGCUGUCAUUGCCCAGACCAACUGGAAGUUUGUGGAAGGUCUACUCAAGGAGUGUCGUAUGAAGACCAAGCGAAUGCUGGUGGAGAAGAUGGGCCGGGAAGCUGUGGAGCUGGGUCAUGGUGAGGCCAACAUCACUGGCCUGGAGGAGAACACUCUGAUCGCCAGCCUCUGUGACCUGCUGGAGAGGAUCUGGAGUCACGGGCUGCAGGUCAAACAAGGAAAAUCCGCCCUUUGGUCCCUCCUGCUGCACUACCAGGCCAGAGAGGAGAAGCUGGAGGAGCAGCACACAGAGUCAUCAGUGUCACAUGCUCAUGAGAGGAAGAAGUCUGACUGUUCCAUAUCAAUGCCAUCACUCCGUGUGUCUCUGUUACAAGACAUGAGUCAUAUCCAGAGUAUAUCAGAGAUUAAGACCGAUGUAGGCCGAGCCAGAGCCUGGGUACGUCUGUCCCUGGAAAAGAAGCUGCUCUCUCAGCACCUCAAACAGCUGCUGUCCCGACAAGCAUUAACCAAGAAGCUGUACAAGCGUUAUGCCUUCCUGCGCUGUGAGGAGGAGAAGGAGCAAUUCCUCUUUUACCUGCUGUCUUUGAAUGCCGUUGACUACUUCUGCUUCACCAACGUCUUCACCACCAUCAUGAUCCCAUAUCGAGUUGUCAUUAUCCCCAUCAAGAAGCUGAGCAACGUCAUGACCACCUCCAACCCCUGGGUGUGUGUGUCAGGAGAGCUGGGGGACUCGGGUAUCAUGCAGAUCCCCAAGAACUUCCUGGAUAUGACAUUUGAUACUCAGAACCUGGGAAAGCUGACGACAGCUCAGUUGGGUCAUGAUAACGCUGGUCUCCUAGCUAAAUGGCUGGUGGACUGUGUCAUGGUGCGCAAUGAGAUCACAGGACACACUUACAGGUUCCCAUGUGGACGAUGGCUUGGUAAGGGUGUGGAUGAUGGCAGCCUGGAGAGGGUUCUGAUUGGUGAGCUGGUGGUGCCAAGUAGAGACGAGGAUGGUGGGAGAGGCUGCCGUACGCCUCCACUGCAACAUUCUUCAUCCCAAACCACUAGCAUGACAUCACUGUCUGGACGAGAAUGCAAACCAACUUCUGCCCAAAUCCAAGAGGGCAUUGGUGAAGCAGUGAGCAACAUUGUCAAACACUUUCAAAAGCCAGAGAAAGAGAGGGGCAGCCUGACAGUGCUGUUAUGUGGGGAGAAAAGCUUGGUGGCUUCUCUGGAACAGUUUUUUCAUCACGGCUUCAAGCCUGCCCGGCUCUUCCAGAGGACUGUGUUCGUGUGGGACUUUGUUGAAAAGGCUGUUGCCUUCCUGCAGUCAGCUGACCAGAUGGUUGACAUGGGGUUGAACUGUCAGUCAUUCUGUCACUAUAUCAUGGCGAUCAACUCUACACCCAGGAACAUUGGGAAGGAUGGCAAGUUCCAGUUGCUGGUGUGCCUCGGAGCCCGAGACCGUCUGCUGCCACAGUGGCUGCCCCUGCUGGUGGGAUGUCCUGUGAUCCUGCAGAUGUAUGAGGACACAGCCCUCCUUAGAGACCACACUACUGUCAGUGCCCUCAUCGGAAUCCUGCAGACUCUUCACAGCUUCCCUAUCAAACUGGAAUCCUCACUGAUCAAAGGCAUUGACCUUUAACCCCAGAAGAGGACCAUUGGGUAGCCACACAUUUUUCUCCAAUGCCUUCCUCACUACUACCACCAAUUACAACUGCGCAUCUCUAAUUUAGCCAAUGGGCUCUGCAAUAAGGCACAUGACCAGGGAAGGAGGAAAUGACGAACAGGAAACAUUCAAUUUUCAGUUGCGUUUAGUUAACAAAGAAAAAUGUUUCCAUAUUUCCUGUGAGAAUUUAGAUCUUUGGAUUAAGUACAAACUUGGAUGUGGUAUGAUAAAUGAUACAUUACAGUGUUUGGUAUUUUAAACAUACAAUUCCAUACUGACUUUCUACCUUGCAGGUAGCUUUUGGUUUCGGGUCAGUUCAGCAUGAAAUGCAAAACCACCAUCUCUCACACUAGUGACCGUCUUUCGUCUCAGCUCCACUUCAGCUUCAAGCUCACUGUUUCCUUCCACUUCACAAAUAUAUAGUUAAUUCAAGAAUAGAUAUAUUUUUGCAGGAAACAGCUGGUCAUGUUAUCAAACAAACAAGAAGAAAUUGCAUUUUUAAAUGAAUUUGACUUAAGUGUGAAGCCCACCAAUUCAUUUUCACUUACUUUGUACUUACUUUGUACUACAGUACAGUUUAUUGCCCAUUGACAAAAACAUUCAUACAGUGCAUCUUUUUAGUAUGAGGGGCGAUUAGGUGCGCAUUACCUUGUCCAAGCCACAGCCGCACUCAUAAUAACACAAUUAUAUCAGACAUAAUAACAUUGAGCUAGUCAAAACAUACAAAAAAGCAGCUUAAUGUUUUUUGUCAUUUCCCUGUUACCUGGAAUUUAUUAGACCCACGCACAGGACUUAUGUAGGUCUUGUCUCAGUCUCUGAAAGAAAGGAAGCGUUUCCCAAAACCCAUUAGUUUGUUAAAGAUGCAUAAGCCAACAGCUAGUGUCAGUUUCUUCCCCAUUGGAUAUUCAGACUUACAUUGGUCAGGAAUGUGUAAGUUUUUGAAAAGAAAUAAUAGCUGUUCUGUUUUAAGGGAGAUGUUUAAGGAUCAAGGAUUCCUAAAACUGCAGGGCACUUCCCUUAAACAGGAAGAAAUAAGGAAUUUGCCGGGGGCUGUUUUCAGCAGCAGGGGAUUUUGGCUGUGAUAUGGUAUUUUUUUAUAGAAAUGAGUAGGCAAUAUUUUAUAUAUAACAUUAGUAUUUUCGUUAUACAAGAAACCAAUACAAACUGUUAAUUGAUUGUGCCACAUGUAAAAGGAUUUUCAAAAUAUUUAUUUGUAUUCCCUAAUUAAACAAUUCAACCCCUACGCUUCCAAACACACAAGCUGUAUAUAAAAUGAAAAACGUUUUGUUUCUCUUAGACGAUUCUUUGCUCUUUCAUAUAUUUUUGAUGAAUGAGGGAAUUUGCCACAGCAUUUUAUAAAUGCAAGUGUUAAUAUUGUCAUUAUUACAUGUUAACAUUUUGAUGGAUGUAUAUUUAUUGUGACUCUGACUUCUAGAUCGAAGAUGAUGACAUAAAGUGGGGUAUACAAUCCCACUUCAUUGUAGUAUUGUUGCCUAUUCCAGUAUUGAGACUGAGGGACAUGGUCUGCCGUGUUUUGCUACAUGUCUUUAUUUCAUGUAUUUAUUAUUUUUAAUUUUAAUCUGUGCUGGUCAUUAAAGUUUGAUAAAGCUUUUAGAGGGAAAAACUGUAAUUUCUAUCAAGCAGUAAUGGUCUGCAAAUGGUAUGAAUUUUUAUAUAGGGAUUUUUCUAGUGUUGAUGACCACGUAACAAGCUUUACUACAGGACAUUUUAUUGCCAUUUGCCCUUUCACACACACAUUCAUACACGGCUGGACUUUUUCUCUGGGGGAGAAUUCAGGGUUUAGUAUCUUCCCCCAACCCUAGGUGCUCCAACUGUUGUGCUCUUGAAGGCUUGGCUGCAGGACCAUUCACAGCUCGCAAGCACUAAAACAGAUUCUCAAUCUCAUACUGGAUUUGUUUGUGUGCAAUUUGUUUUGCUGAGGACAUGCACUAGGAACUAUUCAGAUAUUCCCCAGACCACCACACAAUGUGCUUAUUGGGUCUAUUUGUGACAUAAACAUAUAUAUUGUGAUGAAAAGUAUUAACCCUGAGUGGAUAGGCUGUAAGGAAAUGCUACUGACUGCCAUGAUGGUGGUGGUUGUGCAACCUCCUCAUAGCAAAAACAUUACCAGGCAAAGGGUUCCUUGUGUGCUUUUGACUACUGUUGUGGCAUUUAUUAUGCCAGUUUAAAUAAAAGCAUGGUAUCAUG